CUGCGUUGCGUGUCCACACGGACCGACCCAAAGUUCAAAAGUAGCCUCAUCUCGUCUCGCUUCGCGUCCGCUGGCCACAGGUGAAGCCGACCGCCUCGGACCGGACGGACACUUUGUCCAGCGCAGUUGGGCCAUCAUAGAAGGACCAAGCUGCCGGGGUAUCUUUCUAUUCCCGAUUGGAUGCUGGUUUCUAUGGUAACGGCGGCAGGCAGGCCAAGCCUUUGAGCUGACUGAUGGUUAUCGCAGAACGCCAACCGAGCUCCAAGUCCAAGGCGCCGAUGAGCGGCCGCCACAAGAGCAUCGUGGACGACCUGGUCCUGACCUUCAGCUCGCCGGCGGGGUGGCUGCUGGCCGCGGCGCUGGUCAUCACCUGGGCGGCCGUCGCCGUCUUGGUCUUUGAUCUGCUGGACGACGAGACUCUGGCAGAGUACACGUCGUACUGUGACGACCCCGUGUGUUUCUCUCCUGGUCUGCCGCCUCCUCCCGCCGCCGGCGUCACCAGGCGAGGUUUGAAGGUCAACAGAGGACGGCCAAUCAGGACGAGCGCCGCCACGCCGCCGCAGGACGAGAGCCCCGACUGGCUGGAGUUGAUGUGGACGUUUGCCGCCGGUCUGGUGGCGCCCGAUGACGAAGAUGAGGCGGAAGGUAUUCACCGGUUAACCAAAAGCUUCACACCUUUGCACUCGGAAGAGUUCUGAAGGAAGGAAAAGCCAAAUGGCCACCUUUGAAGGAUGACGCGGACGACAAGAGGUGGGACGACGUACAGUCCAAAUGGUCGCAAUGUGUCUUUGUGGCUGGGUUUGUCAGAAAGACUUGGAGGGAAUAAAAAUGCUGCGUCUAAAGGC